AUGCCCAGCUUGCACUUGCAAGCGCAGGGCAGGCCCUUCACAGCCGCCCGCCAGCAACGGCGGGGCGCCAGCACCCCCGCCAGCGCGCGCUACGGUGGCGGCGGCGGCGGCGGCAACUAUGGCGGCGGCAGCGACCCCCGCCUGAUCAUCCCCGGCCAGGACUCUGGCGUCCGCCCCGCCAAGCUGGUGGUGCCCGGCCAGGGCGGCGGCACCGCGCCCAAGAACCUCAACGGCGGCCUGCUGGACGGCCCACCGCCGCAGCAGCAGCAGUUCCGCCCGCCGCCCGGCUUCAUGGACAUGGCGGGGCCGGGGCCUGGCCCCGAGAUUGACAUGAGCACCGAGGAGAUGCUGAGCCGGCUGCGCUCGCUGACGGGGCACUGGUACGAGCUGGCCAAGUUCCUGCCCGCGCUGCAGCGCGCCGGCUACGACGGCGUGGCGGUGGAGGAGGCGACGGGCCUGGAGCGCAAGGUGCAGAAUGUGUGGAGCUCGGCGGCGCCGGUGCGCGCCAGCAUCGCGGCCUCGGGCCAGCUGAGCCCCGAGGUGCUGGCCCACUUUGACGCGGAGGGGGAGGACCUGCUGUACGAGCUGCGCUUCCUGUCGGUGCGCCAGCGGGCGCCCGCCGCCGCGUACAUCGCGGAGAGGAACCUGAGCCCCCAGGAGUGCCAGGUGCUGGCGAGGGCGGUAAAGGAGUAUGAGCGGCGCGGCGGCCGCAAGGAGGGCUUCUCAGACAGCCCCGGCGACGUGCUGGCGUACAAGCACUUCCGCGAUGCAAUGGAGUGCCGGCGCACAGCGGACGUUGAGGCGUGCGCCAAGCGGGGGCUGGCCGUGGCAGACACGGAUGGAGCGCGCAGCAAGCUGACCUCGCUGCUGGGUGAGGAGCAGGGGGGGCCAGCCAUGGUGUUGCCCACCGCCAUCCUCACCAUGCUGCGCAUGUCGCGCGACGAGCUGGGCGUGCGGCCGCUGGCGGUGGCGGGGGAGCUGCAGGUUGCCACCGGCGACCAGGUGCUGGCAGCCCCCAAGGUCUCCAGCGAAGGCGUGUUUGGCAACUUCAAGAUCCCGCCCGAGGGCGUGGAUCUCGAGUGGGUGGCGCUGCCCAACUGGUCGGUGCUGACGCUGGCGGCGCAUCCUGUUGCCCUCACCAUCAGGAACUGCAUAGAUGUGCCGCAGAUCCGGGCCGCCACGUCAGCAAAGACGGAGGAGGAGCUGAAGCGCAUGAAAGGGCAGGGCAUCCUGGUGGCGGACAUUGCGGCCGAGGACAUCGCCCUGCAGCACGACAAGUACUACCUGGUGGAGGACGCCAGCGGCAGGACGCAGCUGAUGACGGGGGGCGACGCGGCGGCGGUGGCGCGCGUGCUGGGCAUCGUGCUGUUUGUGUGCCGCCCGCCCAGCCGCGACACGCCGGCCGCCACCACCUCGGAGCUCAUGUCGGUGUGA